AUUAAAUUCCGUUUUGUUCGAAACAGUUAUUUAAACUUCGUAGAUGUAUAUCUGGGGUAAUCGGAUUCUUGAGCUGAACUCAAUUCAUUAGCGGAGUUUCGAUAUCCUUGCAAAGAGAAGUCAAGGUUUUAUAUUUGAUUGAUGGACACCCAUAAGGAAUCUCGGGAUCAUCAUGGCCUUUACCGUAUAGUCAAUGAUGUCGGUUCUGCAUUUGGAAUGGGAGCUGUUGGAGGUUCUGUAUAUCAUUUCGUAAAAGGGGCAUACAAUUCCGCAAUGGGUGCUCGUUUGGUCGGAGGAGCACAAGCAGUCAACAUGAAUGCUCCUCGUCUGGCAGGCAGUUUUGCUGCAUUUGGAGGCUUGUUCUCUGCAUUUGACUGCACACUGGUGUACAUCAGGAAGAAGGAAGAUCCAUGGAACUCCAUCCUAGCAGGUGCAGCUACAGGAGGGUUUCUUUCUAUGCGGCAAGGGAUUGUUGCAGCUUCUAGGUCAGCGGUUAUGGGAGGGGUUUUGCUUGCUUUGAUCAAAGGGCCUGCGUUACUGAACAAGUAGUAAGCUUUUUUGGGUUUGUGAUUGAUCACUGAUGAGAGCCUCGCUCUCACUCUUUUUGGGUUGUGUUUGAUGAGUUUUCUUUAAUUAUGUCGUGUUUCCAUCUUCGUGGUCCUUUAUAAAAAUACUCCGAAAUUACUAUUUCAUCAAUAUUUACAAAUUUAUCUUCCAAUCAUUUUGUAUAAACGUCAUCAAAGAUAUAAUUUUGAAUCGUCAAGUGUUUAUGA